AUGUUUCCUCAGUUCGAUCCAAAACUACCUUUCAAUCAACAAGUAUAUCAACCACAGCUUCCAGAGCCUCCACGGCCUGUCAAGUCUUCCCGGAAACCUCCAAAGCUCACGCUGUCGACCAAUGCUGAGAUUGACCAUGUCCUCGGACCAAAGACUGUCCCUGCGAGUGUGCUCAACUUCCCAACUGGUGCUUUGGAAUCCGAGGAGAUUACAUACUCAUCCAUGGAGGAACUGAAGAUGUUAUGGGAGACGGCCAAUGGCCAGAGAACGCGAGAUCUUGUUGGAACAUUGAACCUACGCAUGACAAAAACGGGACCAGCUACAUUUACCCUCGGGAACUCUCAGAACCCGUUCUACACACUACAAACAUAUUCAACCAACGAACUCGCCCUAAGCAGAUGCGAUCCUUCCCGACCAAACCACGACGUACCAAUCAUGAUGAUGAGCCUCGAAGACCGCAUACGCCGCGAGCACCCCAACGACGGACUGGUCACCCUCCUUUUCUCCAGACUAGCAGCCAUGCUAGCCAUAGACCAAGCCGAAGAGAUCAGCAAACAACACCACCUAACUCCAGCCGAGUCAGCAGAAGUCGAAACAGACGCACUCAAACGAGCCGCAGCCCAAGAGUCCUGCCGCCUCUCCUGGAACCGCCAUCAACGACUAUACGAGCUACGACACCCCUACCUCUCAAGACACAACCCACCCGCUCUUGUCGGCGCCGCCGGAAUCCCACUCUCCCCCGUGCGCUCCGAAUCAUCAGGAAUGGUACACAUCACGGUCUCCAAACCGUCCAGCGAUGCCUCUCCCCGCCAGCCACCAACAAUAAUUGUGACUGGUCCGGUCUCAUCCACAGCAAUGGAAGCCGCUCAACAAGCUGCUAACCUACGGACGUCCGUUCUGCCCGUCACGGACUUCGACGAACCGCUCGCAUCGUUGGAUUUCGCUACAAAGACAUUUUCAAUUUCACCCGCUGCUGUUAUUGCUACGAUUCCUUCUCUAUACGCUAUCGACUCCCUCAUUGCUGCAAUGCUGGCAGUUGCUGUCUCAGAUGAAGCUACGAACCCUAUCCUCGCGGACAUGGUGCUUGGAUCGCCCAAGUCAUCUCGACCACCCACCUCCCAUAAUCCCGGGCCUUAUUCCAUGCCUGUGUUCCAGGGUAAACUUGUUACGACGGUUGCUGAGCGCGAAGACGCGGCAGAGAGCAUGGAGUUGGCUGCGAAGAUUAAAUCUGCGCAGAAGAAGUCCGCCUCUGGAAAGCAAAGUGUUUUCAAAUUCUGGAAGAGAUCCUCUUCCAAGCCUGAAGAGAAUUCCCGGGACUCUAAGAAGAAUAAAACCCGACAGGUCGUGGUUGAGGAGUUCGAUUUGGAAAAGUAUGGUCGAUAUGGGAAGAGCUCGUCGCGAGAAGGAGAGAAGUUGCCUGGGGUUACUCGUAGUAUCCUGCGUAUACUGUUCUUUGGCUUGGAUCUGAUUGUGAAGGGAUUGACGCUUAUUGUGAAGAUCCUGGCUUGGUUAUUGGUUAAAUCGACACGUUGUGUGACCAGUGAGAAGUUCUGA